CGAUGAGGCCCGCCCCACCAACUGAGGCAAGGCCAGCCGCUCAUUAGCUGGGCACCAGACCCAGCCCAGUAGAGGGAGCCAGCCUGACCUCGAUUUGUCCUUUGGAAACAAUUCAACAUUGUUGUGCCAGGCUUAGCCUUCCUUCUGGCGGCAGCAAUCGCGACUCUCCAUACAGUCGACACAGUCAAGGCGCUGCCAUCAAUGCCGCCCUUCACUCUGCGAGCGCGAGAGCCUGGUCAGCUGCAAGCCAGGCUUGAUAUCCAAGGCGCGUUUGAGGACCUACGCGCACUGGUUUCGCCAGCUCACACAUCUGAAUUUACCUCGACUGCCCCUGAGGAUGUCAGAAGAACAGCGAUCGAGGUCGAGCGGGAGCUUGCAGGGCGCCAGCUGCUCCGAAACACGCGGCGCCUGGAUGCCUUACUCCGAGGGCUCGAUCACUACUCCAGUGUCGUCGGUACCCUUUGCACCGGGACUGAUCAUCUGCCAUGGCUCUGGGCCCCGGUGAAGCUCGUCUUGAAGACGUCGUCUAGCUGCAUCGUGGCAUUCGAGAGCCUAAUCAAAGUCUACGCGCAAAUCGCCGAGCAUCUAGGCAGGUUCGAGAAACUGCAUCGCUGCUUCAAAGAUAACCCGGAGUUCCAUCCAACCUUUGCUGCCUUCUAUGUGGGCAUACUCGCCUUUCAUCAACUCGCCUACAAAUUUGUGACGCGCCGCUGCUGGAAGGAAAGGUUCGCCACAUCGUGGGGCCGAUCUCAGCACAGGCUCAGCAAUAUUCUUGGAAUCCUCAAGAGGCAUGGAGAUAUCAUCGACGAAGUCGCCGACACGCGCAUCACCGAGGCCAGGGAUUUGAGGCAGCAGCUGCAGUCCUGGAAAGAAGCCGCCCUUCACAAACUCACGCAAAGCGAGCAAGAGCGGAGCGAGUGUCAUUUGGAAAGUAUCACAUCGUGGCUUGGCAUCGACGACAUGGACCAAGUCUCCCUUCAAGAUUCGCUGGCUGAGGUCGGCUCACAGCACCCAGGAACCGUCGACUGGAUCCUGAGGCAUCAGGAUGUGAUCUCCUGGAUUCAACCAAACGCCAAGAAUCCAUUUUUGCUUCUGCAAGGGGGUCCGGGGACUGGCAAGAGCGUCCUCAGUGCCAGAGUCCUGAGGUCACUCCAGGAUUCGGGGCGCUCUAUCGUGCUCAGCCAUUUUUGCUCCUACUCGCCCAGCGCAACUACUCGCUACGAUGUUAUGGUCAAAUCGCUAUUGCUAGGUUGCGUGAAAACCGACCAUGACCUCGCCACCCAUAUUUACGACGAACACGUAACUGCCAAGCAAGCGAGCAUAAAACUGCUUGAAAAUCUGCUAGAGAACGCCGUUGAGAUCGUUGGAGACAAUAAUGUGGUCCAUAUAAUACUCGACGGCAUGGAUGAGUGUCCUGUGGAGACGCAGCGCAAGAUCUUCCGCCUGAUUGACAGACUGGCCACAAAUGGGGCUGCCUGCAAAGUUCUGGCAUCGGGACGAAGCUCCAUGGUUACUCUACACGCCAAGCUGCGCAAGGUUGCAUCAACACUGUCUCUGUCCGAGGAGAAAGACUGCGUAGGCGAAGCUAUCCGAUACUUCGUCACGACCGCUUUAAGGAACAUGCACAGAAGGCUGUCUGAGAUGGGCCUGCCCGAUCAGUCGGUACCGGAGCUAGCGUCCAGAAUAGUUGCCAAGGCCGACGGCAUGUUUCUCUGGGCUCGCCUCAUUCUCAACUACCUCGACGCCAACCUCUUCUACAACAAAGCCGAGUUUACCCAAGCAAUAGAGGCCAUUCCGCAAGAACUGUCUCUGCUGCGAGUAAAGUUGUGCCGUUCAAAUCCUGACAAAAGCAUAGCCACUGACAUUUCGCUCUAUAGCUACGCAAAGAUUCUAUCCGACGUUCUUUCUCGCUGCGAUCCUCGCUCGGCGCGUCGCCUCAAGGGCAUAUUCGGAUGGAUAGCGUUUGCAAGGCGUCCGCUCCAGAUCUCGGAGCUACAAUCUGCGUUGCUAUUCGACACUGCAAACGAAGUUGCUGACCGCCCGGUGCCGAACUAUGUGCUCGAGGCGUGCGGGCCUCUUGUAGAGAGGCGUAAGGAUUCGACCAUACGCUUUAUCCACAUAUCGGUCAAAGAAUAUCUGCAGCGCACCGACUGCGCUGAGGCCGUCCGCCUCUCACAUCAGACUUCUCUAUGGGAUAACGGGCUCUCGUCGUUGAGGUGUCUUCGGAGAGCGUUCGAGGUCUUCGGCCCGUCAACCUCAGAACUGACUAGAAACAUCCAGGUUCUCCGAGGAGUGUGGGCAUUUUUGCCAUACACGAGGGAAACAUGGUUCUCAGAGCUGCGUGAAAUGGCCACCCUGCCGAAAGAAGAGUGGGACCCCUCGUUUUGGGGUAUCGCUCAGCAGCUGUCGCAAGUCUUGGUGGCACCGCGGCCCUGUCAUGCCACAGGUCAUGCUGCGGCUUCAAUCCCGGGGCUCGAAGCUAUACGGCCACUUGAGGGUCUUUGGUCCGAGGCUGCAGCCAGCCUAAUAGCGGAGUCUAAGGGAAAGAUAUUGGCAGUUGAGGCCAACGAUUCUAAUUGCUUCAGACGACCGCAGAGCAUCCAUGACAUUCACGCAAACUACGAGUGGGUGAUCCAGCAGUUGAUCAGCAUCAGCCACCACCCUGACAUAAACGCGUCGGAGCUCGAACACUUCCGAGAAUACCUGACGAGAGGCGCCUACGCCUGCCGCUUCCCCUUGUGCGACGCCUCCACAAACAAGUUUGGGAGCAUCAAUGAGCGUGCUGUCCACGAAGCCACACACGCGCCGACUUUUCCAUGUCUCGAGCCUGGUUGCCAAUAUCCUCCAUUUACAUCUGGGAAGUCGCUGCGCAGGCACCAGUCCGAGGCACACGAAUCUGGGCGGCCCAGAACCGUAAAUCGAGGCCUGCUGAUGAAGCAGGUGCGCUCGAUACCUGGGCGGGACCAAGCAAAGGUCAAGUCCGUUCCAAGGAGUCUAGGUGAUGCGAAUCAGCUACCUUUUCAAGACCUCGAGGUAGAUGGGCCUGCACGCAAAUAUAGCUCGUUGCAACCUCAACUCAAUCACCAGAUGAUGGCGAACUUGGGCGGGGGCGGCGUCAUAGCACGCCAACAGCCCCUUGUGCAACAGCAGCAGCACCAAAAGCCCCAGCUGCCGCCUGGACAAACAAAGAGCACCCAGCAGGCAUUCAUGGACAAUAUGGAUAUCCCUCGUACUAGUGUGGCCCAGUUGCUAGGAAGUCCCCUUGGUGUCAACACAUGGAUUUCCCAACAUGGUGUGCCUAAGGAGAUUGAGGCAAACCUGGACACCUCCGAACGGCUCAAUUUGGGUGGAAGCAGCAUCCUCAACAGUCCGAGCGAGACCGCCCCGCCACCAUUUGAGAAAGCACUAGCAACAUCCCCACGGCUAUCGAACUUGGUGGAAAAUUUUUAUGUAAACCCAAAAAUGCUCGCAGCACAGGAAAACCAACAACGACCGCAGGAGCAGGAGCAACUGUCACUACAGAAUCAAGAGCAGCAGGCGGUGCCGACUUCAGCGAAGAGGCAAGAGGAAUUGCCGCAGCCACUUCUAAAGCAAGAGCAUCACCAACGAGAGCAGCCUCCAAGCCAGGUGAUGGCCUGCCAAACGCAGGAUAAGCGUCCGAUGUACCGGCCUGAGCAGAUAUAUAUCACGAAAGCUACUAGCCAAGAGGCCCAGAGAGGCUGGGAAGGGUUCAUUUCAGCCCUGCGCUGUGACUGGGGCAUCUUCGACGUGGCGCCAGAGGGUUCGGACCAGAAGCGGAGUGCACAAGAGCGGAUUCUGAAUUCCAGUUCCAUGCUGCAUGCCAGAAUGAACUACCGAUUUCCUAACCACCAACUAACCCAGGUAGAAGUAGCCCAGGCACGAGCCCAGACACUAGAAGUCCGGACACUAGAAGUCCGGACACGAGAUGCUCAAGCGAUACAUGCAUAUCAGCAGCCACUGCAGACGGCCAAGGAGAUUCCGGGGGUUGACACGAGGCUGGACAGAAAGGACCCCGCCAUUCAAUCCCAACAGCAGGCACAGGAUCAACCUCGGAGCAUGUAUAUUCUCCCACCACCGAUAAAGAACGUCCCUUGCCCCAACCCCGGUUGCCCCCAAAAGUUCCACGGUGGGAACGACCUGAUUCAGCACAUGCAGACUAUCCACGACUCGCGAGAUCAAGUUUACAUGGGGGUUCCAUUUUGUUAACCCCCUCCCAAGGGGGGGCACAAAACACUUACUUUCCACUAAACCGUUCUGCCAGUCAACAAAGGAUUGUCGGGCAUUAAAGCGUCCAUGGACGCUUGAGAUUGUUGGUAUGGAACUGAAAUAAGAAUAUAUAGCGCGAAAUGACAGAAGAUAUAGACAGAAAGCAAACCAGAAAGACAACUCUUGCCCUUCCAAGGUCAAGUAGGCCCUCCCUGAG